AACACGAAGCGUAAAGGUACGAUUGUACGAUGGCGAAGCGCGACAGUACGCACUGUGAUGGUGAUGGGCUCGAAUCCUUGUUUUCUGCUUGGCUUCACAACGUUCAGGUCAGCUUGAGGAUGCAUUGAACCAUGUGGAUAUAUUGCUGUGCUGUUAUCAGUGACAUAUUGCUCAGGACUUUGUCAAGAUAUAGAUACUAAAGCAUGUGAAUUGAUGUUGCACCAGAAUCCGGGACUUUGCAAUGACCCUGGUCUGUCCUCCACUGCAUGUCCAAGAUUCUGUAAAAAAUGCCCUCUAGUUUGCCACCAUUGCGACGCGACUGUUCAGAACUUCACAGACUGUAACACAACACGUACCUGCCAAAUUGGAGAGCAAUGUAUGCUUCAUCAGCUGACCUCUUCUGGAGAUGGACACCAUGAAUACAGAAUGAGCUGUGCUAGUGUAGAGAUGUGCGAUGGCACCGGUUUGAUGCCGUUUGGAAGACGUGGUCUCCAGUCACGUGAUAUCAACGUACAUUGUUGUACAGACGACAUGUGCAAUCACCCAGCCUGCAAACGAGACAUUGAAAUCCUCAUUCAAGAUUCCACUGAUUCUUCAGCCUCUCAACACAUCAUCCAGUUCCUAAAAGACCUAGUAUCACACCUUGAUAUCGGUCCCACUGACAAUCUAGUAGGCUUGGCAUCGAUAGAAGUAUUAGUUAACAGACAGUUCCAUCUAAAUUCUCAUACAACUAAAUCGGAUCUUCUCCAAGCUUUGGACAGAAUCAAAUUCAACCACCGCACUAACCUUGUAGAUGUCAAUGACGUAACACAUUUCUUGAAUAAUGAGCUGCAUCAAGGAAGUCACAACGGGGAUAGGCCAGCUUACGCGAACGCUGUUCUAAUCAUCGCUAAUCAUGCGACGAAAAAUACACAUUCUCACUUACACCAUGAUGAUCAAAAUGCCAUCUUAUCCUCCAUGACUGUAAUCAACGUAGGUUCUGGUUCCAACGCACAGCUUGACUCGUUAGCAACUGAUCCGCAACAUGUGCUUAGCGUCACCGACUACCCUUCAUUAUCUCAGAGUUUGUCACAUGUUCUUGCACUUUUCUGUAUGUGAUCGUUUUUGAAAUAUAACUGCCUAUUGCAUCUGA